UACUGACGAUGGUAGCAACGAUGAAGAGGCGGGCGAUAUAUAUUCCUUCAUCUCACUCCACUUUCGAACAACAGAGACCUCUUUGCUUCAACGUAGAAGACAUGGACAUACGUGUAUGAUGGCCAAGCUCAUUGAACAGCGUGACAAAACAAUCAAGUUGCUGAGCCACAUGUCCGCGUCUUUAAAGAUGCAAUAG